CUUUGAUUUUCUGCCUCUCGUCUGCAACAGCACAGGCUUUGAGUCAUGGAUCUGUGUGUGACCAUCAAAGGAGUGUCCUUCAUCUUGCAAACCGGUUUGGGGAUCCUGGGGAAUGCGGUGGUUAUUCUCGCUUACGCCCAUAUCCUCUUCUCAGACCGCCGUCUCCAGCCGGUGGACAACAUCCUCUGCCACCUGGCCUUCGUCAACCUCCUACAGCUCCUCACCCGCUGCGUGCCCCUGACCAUGACCGUCUUCGGCCUGAAGAUUUUGCUCGACGACCCCAGCUGCAAGGUACUCAUCUAUGCCUAUCGCGUAUCCCGCUCCGUCUCCGUCUGCAUCACCUGCAUGCUGAGCGUGUUCCAGGCGGUGACCCUCUCCCCCGACGCGGGCCCCCGCUGGUCCAGGCUGAAGGACUGGCUGCCCUCCCUCGUCCUGCCCACCUUCGUAUUCCUUUGGUGCCUCAACUUGAUCGUAUGCAUCGCGGCGCCGUUGUUCACCAUCGCGCCACGCAACAGCACCGCCCCGCCCUUCACCCUCAACCUCGGCUACUGCCACGUGGACUUCCAGGACAGCCUGUCGUACGUGAUUAACGGCGCCGGCCUCACGGUGCGCGACUUUUCCUUUGUGGGGCUGAUGUUGUGGUCCAGCAGCUAUAUCCUCCUGGUGCUCCGGCACAGGCGCAAGGUGCGAAACAUCCGGAAGGCCCAGGGAGGAGGAAUGGAGUCCAGGGCGGCGAAGACGGUUAUCACCCUAGUGGUCCUGUACACUGUGUUCUUCGGCUUAGACAAUGUGAUCUGGGUCUACAUGCUGACCGUGGCCAAGGUGUCUGCGGAUGUGGCGGACAUGAAAGUUUUCUUCUCCUCCAGCUAUUCCUUCCUGAGUCCUUACUUCAUUAUCUCCUCCAAUAAGAAGGUGAAAAGUAGGAUCACGUGCGCUGCAUCGGACCAAGAGCAACAGUCAGCGGACACUCAAGAAUCUAAUGACAAGGUUUAAAAUGUCCAACAGGUCGUUGUCAUUUGGAUAUUAAUCUGUUCAUGUCUUCUUGUCAGGGAGGCGCCAGAUUAUUUUUCAUGUAGGUGCUGAGGGGGUGCUCGAUCAUUGACAAUGGGAGCUUCGCAAUACUAUCAGGGCCAGAGUGGGACCCAUUUUCAGCCCGGGAGUGUGAUGGCCAAAACCAGCCCAUCCCCACCAGGAUGCCUGACAUACGAGCCAUAUGUUGAGCAUUCGGGGCUUAACCCGAACCUACAACCUAGUCAAGGUUUUUAUGUGAGCUGAAAUCAGAACUUCACAUUAAUUGAGAUUUUUUGCAUAGAUUUACGGGAAUUUUCCCGAUUCUCCCGAUGGCCACGCCUGAAUAUUAUUACUAAAUGAGCAAUAUUUUAGGGGGUGCUAUUGGGGUGCUUUGGUCUUU